AUGAGGAUGACGAAGGAGUCCUCAAGACUCUCAAACGAUCCAAAGAAGAGCUGGAAGGAGAAGACGUUGGGACUGAGACUGCAGCGGCUCUCAACCAGCGGAUCCAAGAGGCGGAAGAUGCCGUGCAAGCGGCCACACGGGCCAAGAUUCAAGCUGAAGAUUCAAGCUGAAACGGAGAAGCAAGAGUACACAGGGUGCCUGGUGGAGUCCUUGAAGCUUCGUACUUUUAAACUGGAGAACGAUAUUGAGGCCAUCGGAGCUGGGUUGGACGUGGAAGAUGGGCUGGACGGCUGUGGGGAGUUGGUGUUCUUGGUGAUGCUAUUGGAAAAGCUCAACAGCCUCAUAGCUGAUCCAGCCUUGCUUGAGCUUGAGUCCCCAAUUCCUCCAACUCUUUCUGCACUGGUCGAAAACCUCGCGAAUGCUGUUGCCAAGGAAACGGCGGCCAUCCAAGUCAAGGAACGGCUGGAGCGCCAGUUAGAGGUUGGGGACACCAUUGCCCUCCUGGAACGACACAUCCUAGAAUGCGAGGGGGAAUUGGGAAAGCAUCACAAAAAGCGUAAAGUCAAUUACCUGUAUCAUUUACUUGUGCAUCAAUUCAAUUGGUCCCUGUAUAUACCAUUGCUAUUCAAUUGCUUGCACGAUGAAUGA